GAAUGCCAACAAUGUAGCGAAUGUCCCGCUCGGGUCUGCGCUUUGGAACCGUGGCGUGAGCGUCCCGGGAAGAUGGAGCAGCCGCCGCCCGCCCCGCCUCUGCCGUUCGGGGCUACCCCGUCCCUGCGGGGCCAACAGCCACUGCCGCCACCGGCGCCCGGUCUCCCGGCGCGUGAGACCCCGGAGCCGCGAGCCAGGACGCCUCGGAGAGUGUAGACCGCGCCCAGGAGAGAGUGAUGGUCUUCAAAAUGAAAACUCUGGAAAAUUUUAGGUUCUCUGUAGGAACUACAGAAAUCGAAGGACAGAAAAUUUUCAAAAGGAAGUUGUUCUGAAAGCAUGUUUACAACUAACUCACACUAUUGACUGUUCUUUUUUUAAAAAUAAUAAGAUAACUUUGAGAAGAUUGUAUUUAUGGUAAAAGGAAACUGGACUAACGAUGAGGCCAAAGACUUUUCCUGCUACAACUUAUUCUGGAAAUAGCCGGCAGCGAUUGCAAGAGAUCCGAGAGGGACUGAAGCAACCAUCCAAGUCUUCCUCCCAGGGGCUGCCGGUGGGACCAAACAGUGACCCUUCCUUGGAUUCCAAAGUCCUGGGGAGCAAGGAUGCCACCAGGCAGCAGCAGAUGAGAGCUACCGCAAAGUUUGGGCCUUAUCAGAAAGCGCUCAGGGAAAUCAGAUAUUCCCUGCUGCCCUUUGCCAACGAGUCAGGCACUCCGAAUGCUGCAGAGGUAAACCGGCAGAUGCUGCAGGAGUUGGUGAACGCAGGAUGUGACCAGGAGAUGGCUGGCAGAGCACUCAAGCAGACAGGCAGCAGAAGUAUUGAAGCUGCCCUGGAAUACAUCAGUAAGAUGGGCUACCUGGAUCCCAGGAAUGAGCAGAUUGUGCGCGUCAUCAAGCAGACCUCCCCAGGAAAGGGCCUGGUGCCCACCCCAGUGACGCGGCGGCCCAGCUUCGAGGGCGCGAGGGAAGCAUUCCCGUCUUACCACCAGUUGGGUGGUGCAGCCUACGAGGGUCCGGGCUUCGGUGCUGAUGGCCCCGCUCCGGUGGAGGAGGUGCCCCGGCAGUACGCAGACUUCCUCUUCCCUGGAGUCGGCGCCCACGGCGCGCAGGCCCACCAGCACCCUCCCAAGGGCUAUGGCGCAGCAGCAGAGGCGGCGGGCACGCACUUCCCAGGUGCCCACUACAGCCGCGCGCACCUACUGGUGGCCGCGGAGCAGCCUGGCUACGGUGUACAGCGCAGUCCCUCCUUCCAGAGCAAGACGCCGCCCGAGGCGGGCUAUGCAGGCCUCGCCAAGGCCCCGGGCGGCCCACCUGGCGCCAGCCUCGCCUUCCCUGCCCCUUCUGGGGGACUGUAUGCCCCGCAUGGGCACCACAAGCCUGCCGGCCCAGGGGCUCACCAGCUGCACGUGCUAGGUGCCCGCGGCCCCGCAUUCGCUGGGGACAGCCCUCCGCAGAGCCUGCUUGCACCCUCCAGAAACAGCCUCAACGUGGACCUGUACGAGCUGGGCGCCCCUGUACCCUGGCCCGCUGCCCCGCUCGCCCGCCGAAACUCGCUGCAGAAGCCCGGGCUGGAGGCGCCCCGCCAGCAUGUGGCCUUCCGGACCGGCCCCGGCCCCAGCAGGACCAACUCCUUCAGUAGCCCGCAGCCGCGCGCAGGCCCCCAGUCCGAGCCUUCGCUGCCAGCCCCCAACACAGUAACCGCGGUGACGGCCGCACACAUCCUGCACCCUGUGAAGAGCGUGCGUGUGCUUAGGCCAGAGCCACAGACGGCCGUGGGACCCUCGCAUCCCUCCUGGGUUCCCGCGCCCACCACAUCCGCAGAGGGCCUGGAGGCCAUGGACGAGCAUGCCCUGGGUGUGGGCUGCGCCAAUGCACACCCACUGGACAUGGACUAUGGCGGCCCCGAGCGCAGGUGCCCACCACCGCCCUACCCGAAGCACCUACUGCUGCCCAGCAAAGCAGAGCAGUACGACCUGGACCUGGAUAGCCUGUGCUCCGGCGUGGAGCAGAGCCUACGCGGAGGUGUUGAGCCCGACAGGAGCGACAAGAGCCACAAGAGUGCCAAGGGGGACAAAGGCAGCAAGGAUAAAAAACAGAUCCAGACCUCCCCGGUGCCUGUCCGCAAAAAUAGCAGGGAUGAAGAGAAGAGAGAGUCGCGUAUCAAGAGCUACUCCCCAUAUGCCUUCAAGUUCUUCAUGGAACAGCACGUGGAAAACGUCAUCAAAACCUACCAGCAGAAGGUCAACCGGAGGCUGCAGCUGGAGCAGGAAAUGGCCAAAGCUGGACUCUGUGAGGCUGAGCAGGAGCAGAUGAGGAAGAUCCUUUACCAGAAGGAGUCUAACUACAACAGGCUGAAGAGGGCCAAGAUGGACAAGUCCAUGUUUGUGAAAAUCAAAACUCUGGGAAUUGGUGCCUUUGGAGAAGUGUGCCUUGCCUGUAAGGUGGACACUCAUGCCCUAUAUGCCAUGAAGACUCUGAGGAAGAAAGAUGUCUUGAACCGGAAUCAGGUGGCCCAUGUCAAGGCUGAGCGGGACAUCCUGGCUGAGGCAGACAAUGAGUGGGUGGUCAAACUCUACUACUCCUUUCAGGACAAAGAUAGCCUGUACUUUGUGAUGGACUACAUCCCUGGGGGGGACAUGAUGAGCCUGCUGAUUCGGAUGGAGGUCUUCCCUGAGCACCUGGCCCGCUUCUACAUUGCAGAGUUGACUCUGGCCAUUGAGAGUGUCCACAAAAUGGGCUUCAUCCACAGGGACAUCAAGCCCGACAAUAUCUUGAUAGAUCUAGAUGGUCAUAUCAAGCUGACAGAUUUUGGCCUCUGCACUGGAUUCAGGUGGACUCAUAAUUCCAAGUACUACCAGAAAGGGAACCACAUCAGACAGGACAGCAUGGAGCCUGGUGACCUCUGGGACGAUGUUUCUAACUGUCGAUGUGGAGACAGGCUAAAGACGCUGGAGCACAGAGCACAGAAGCAGCACCAGCGAUGCCUGGCUCAUUCCCUGGUCGGAACUCCAAAUUAUAUCGCUCCGGAGGUGCUUCUCCGCAAAGGUUACACACAGCUCUGUGACUGGUGGAGUGUUGGUGUGAUUCUUUUUGAGAUGCUGGUUGGGCAGCCACCUUUCUUGGCACCUACUCCCACAGAAACCCAGCUGAAGGUGAUCAACUGGGAGAACACGCUGCACAUUCCCACGCAGGUGAAGCUGAGUGCAGAGGCCCGUGACCUCAUUACCAAGCUGUGCUGCGCGGCUGACUGUCGACUGGGUCGGGACGGGGCGGAUGACCUCAAGGCCCACCCGUUCUUCAGCGCCAUCGACUUCUCCCGAGACAUCCGGAAGCAGCCUGCCCCCUACGUCCCCACCAUCAGCCACCCCAUGGACACCUCAAAUUUUGAUCCCGUGGAUGAAGAGAGCCCUUGGCAUGAGGCCAGCGAGGGGAGCGCCAAGGCCUGGGACACGCUCACGUCACCCAACAGCAAGCACCCGGAGCACGCCUUCUACGAGUUCACCUUCCGAAGGUUCUUUGAUGACAAUGGUUACCCCUUCAGGUGCCCGAAGCCUUCGGGAGCAGAGCCUGUGCUUGCAGAGAGCACAGACCGCCAGAAGGCUGAGCUGGGCGAUGCCACCGAAGGCUGCCAGCCAGUCUAUGUGUAGGUGGUGUAAUUGGUCAGCCGGGCCCGGCCCAGCCCAGCCCAGCCCAGCCCAGCCCCAGUGCUGUUGCUUCCCAGGGUUGCUGCAGCUGGCUGCCUCAGGGCAUCUCCAGAAACUGGUCUUUGACAAGAAAACCCCCCAGCAAGAUUUUAAAAAAAAAUAGACUUAAAACUAGCAAUUCUUCACUUCUAAAUUCUGGCUGAUGGGCAGUAGGGAGGUCACUGUGGCUUUGAAUUGGCUUUUUAAGGACCUUCACUGCAUUAAAACACUAUUUAAAAAAAUUUAGUACCACUUAGAGCACUUAUUUUAUUGAUACCCAUUUUUUCUUACUAAAUUAUAAGGAUUAACUCUGACAAAUCAUGCUGCUGUUACUUCCGUCUGUGUUUUAUCUGAUAGCACUUGUCCACAUUUAGAAAAGACAUAAGAACUAAAGACCAUGCGAUAAGAAAUCUCUGUGCAAUAAAGUUAAAGAAAGACAGUGCUCUGCUAGAUGUCACGGAGACCAUGUAUCUACACAAUAGCUUUGUUUAGUAUUUUUUCCCACAUUUCAAAGUUGUGAUAUGUUUAAAAGCUGCUUUUUGUGGGUUUUUUUUUUUCUUUUACAUAUUAUAAUAUACUAGAAAGUGUGAGCAAAGAACUGAUGGGUGUGAUUCCAAUGUCUGAUGUGUGGAAAGUACUGCCUGAGCAGUUUUCUAUUAUAAAAUUACCGUAUCUUGCCAUUCACAGCAGGUCCUGUGAAUUUGUUUUUACCAUGUUUUUAAAUGAGGUAUUCUAGACAGCGUGCUGAUAAUAUAUCGUGUGGGUGACUUCCCUAUGAUUGUAUCCCUUAUUGUUAAAGAAAUGCAAAUGUGUAACUGAAGUGUGAUUUUUUUUUUUUUUUUUAAUGUGUGUGUUGGGUAUGAUUGGAUUCUUUGGCAGGUAAAUGUAAACGUUUGUCAUAUUUCUAAACUACAUCAAAAGGGAUUAAUCAGCUAUGCCAAAACAAUGAACUUCAUCUGGGCUCUCUAUCCCUUGCUGCAGUGUGCUCUCACUCUUGGUGUGUUGAAUGCUGUAGCUGGACCUGCCCCUUAGCUUCCUCACUGGCAGGGGCCCCACACCGAAGGUUUGCUACUGUUAGCGCCCUGUUCUUAGACAGCUAGGGGUUACCAGGAAGUUCAGUCCUUUUGCCUUUUUUUUUACAUUUUGAUGAAAUCUUAACUUGGUUUAACCAAUACAUUUUGCUGACCUUUGUUUAAAAAAAAAAAGAAAGAAAAGAUUCUUCAAAGUGACAUUGGAGUAAAAAGAUACAAGCCAUACAUAUUUUCUUAGACAUACAGGUGUACAUAUAACUAUAAACAAAAUAUUCCUCAUUUCAAAUUAGUAUGGUUCCUAUCAAAGUGAUUUAUAUUUGAAUAAACAUUCAACUCUUGCUUUUUAAAAGAUCUAAUGCAUCAUAUUUUCAUUAUGUUAUUCCACAUAUUUUUCCUUGAAGUUCUUAGCAUAAUGUAUCCAUUACUUAGUGUAUAUCUAGGCAACAACACUUAUACAUUUAUCUGUGUCUAAAACAAUUCCUGUGUACUGGUUUACAUUUGUAUGAAUGGCAUAUUCUGAAGUCUGCUGUGCUUGUAUUGUGACUUACAGUAUUUUUGCUAUUUUAUAGUAAUGCCAUGUUUUUUACAGCGCUCUGACAUACUUUCAUGUGGUAGGUUCUUUCUCAGGAACUCAAUUUAACUAUUAUUUAUUGAUAUAUCAUUGCCUUUGAAAAGCUUCGACUGGCGCAAUUUAUUAUUAAAAAUUUAAAUCCAAA